AUGGCCCCGACAUCCCUCCAACGGCUUCUCGCGCUCGAGAAGACCUUUACAGACCUGAAUCAGCAAAUCCGCGAGGUGGCGAGCAUCUUGGGACUUCCGAAUACGUGGGAUGCCUCCAGGUCUACAGUGAAUAGCUCCGGGAAACCCCGAAGCCUACAAUACCACGCCCGCGCAGAAUGGGUCCUCCGCUGGAUUCUGGAAAAGUUGAAGGUUGAAGGGACUACUGGAAGCAAGGCGCGAAAGAAUAUAAGAGCUUGGAAACUACUGGGAUGUCUGACUACUAUAAUACCGACCUCGAAUGCAGCCGGCCUUUUAAGAGCUGGGGAUUAUGUUAAUACGCUGGAGAAAGUGCUGGAGGAAAAUUUUGGGGACGAUGUGCACGACACAGCUUUCAAGGUCGAUGUCGAACCUCAGAGUGGGACCACGGCCAGUGGAGAAGCUUCGGAAUCAAGUGUCACCGCUGAGGAGCUCCCUGCGACGUCACGGAAGCGGAAAAGGCAUGCUGAAGUUGAAGCUCCAGCGAAGAAGAUUGGCUUGACUACAGGAGCGCCAAAGGACCUUUUCGACGCUAUUGCUAGAAGCCUCGAGACUAUUGUAGCCAAGUCAUACUCGCAUACAGAGCCCGAAGAUAAGAUCGCAGCAGAUCACAUGCGAAUGGUCCUCCUCGUUGAUAGCGAAAAAGCUGCCAAGCUGCUGAAGUUUUGGCUGAACGCUCUUGUUUCGAUGCUCCUGGACACGGAUGCUAAAGCCGCCAUUCUCGGAGCCCCUGACAGCUGUAUGAGACUGACUCCGAUUUUUCGAAUAUGGGAAAUGAGGACCCCAGGGCGUCACGACGAUACCGUCGCGAGUUUGAACGCGUUCUCGGAGCACUGUCUUCUUCCUGCUACGAUUCUGCUCGGACUAGUAAGAGAUGAUGAUACCUUUACUGAUUUGCAUGAAGAGGCAAAUCUCACCAAACAGCGCUUGCGCAGUACGCAGAGCUCAGUGAUUAGAUCACUUGAGCAGCUCUACGCAAGACAUAUAUUCGGCCCUGCUCGUUCGGACUUCUUUACGAACUUGGGUGCUCGUGAUGCCGUUUCCAUUGACGGGAAUGAGCCGAGGAAGAAACCACCAAAAGAAGAAGAGAGUAUCGCUAGGGCUUUGAAGCUGCAUCGGUCUCUAACAAACAUUCGAAGUACUUUGACUGAAGCCGCUAUAUUGAAACGAAUGGACCAGCCGGUGCCUCAAUCAUCGGAGCUGCUCUUCCGAACUGUCCCACAGCUGAUGGACAUUGCUAUCAGAUGCUCACCACGCCAAACACCAAGAAACCGAAUCUCCGAGAAGCCAUGGAACCAAGCAGUCCUGGUUGCGCUACUAGAAUGUACCGGCUGUACAUUGGAGAAACAAGGUGUCCCGGUUGUUUGGGAGUCCGUUAGAUCCAUGGAAGACAUUUUGCAAGCGUUCAUUGAGUGGAACCUCUCUGUGGACUCUAUUGUCACCGAAUCCAUCUUCAAAUUUCUCACUGGAGUACCUACUCACCCCGGUGGAAGACAUCGGACUAUCUGGUGGGGACUUGUCGCUAAACUUGUUGCUCUUGAUCCGGAUAUUUUCCUUCCAGCGGCCAAGGCAGUCGACUCCACCGGCUUCUUUUCUCAAAAUGACCUCUCUCGUGCGCUCUUCCGUCAAAUCUCUCAGUACUCACCUCAUUGCCUCGAUUCUACCGAGGAGGUUCAGCAGGAUGAUACAUGGAACGUCACGCAUAUUAUCUCUGGUCUCAUUUCUACGUCAGACACCGGGUUCUCGACCGCUAGAACUGCGUUACGACAGUUUGUCAUUGUCCCAAUCAUGAAAUCAUUCGCAAGGAAUCGCGACCUGCUUGGCUUCAUCAACAGAUUGUCCGAUCAGCUUCGUGCGACCGAAAGCAGCGUCGCAAACCCUUCGAUCUGGCAAGGGCAUGAUCUCGUCUCCGCUCUGGCAUUGGUCUUCGAAAACUCGUUGACGUUGACGCAAAUGGCGAAUCUGCUUCAACAGCAUGAUGACUCGCUUUCUUCCCUUCUCAAGACCCUCAACUCUGAUCAUGUUUCAAAACGGAUGAUGGACGAAGCGUUCCUCAAAGCUUCUAAUGUAAAUACUGCUAUGGUUUCGAUAAUCAUUCGCUGUAUUCAUUUGGACGACACCAUUGUAGGACUACAAGACGUUUUGAAGGCCCUGCAGUCGGACUUGGUUGCUUUGGCAGACCUUGCUGCGUACAGAACCUAUGCGGACAUGGCAGAGACAUGGACUGCUCUAUCCCGGCUUUUUACCUUACUUUGGCCUUUGGAGUCUCAGACAUACCUAGCCGAUACCGGCGACAUACUCCACUCGAAGAUUGUUCAGCUCGCAAACACAUCCAUUGCCCCAGGUGGUGUCAAUAUCUGGGACGUGCAUCCUGACAUGGACGUUAGCUCAAUGACAGCUGCUUUUGCGUUUAUGGUUACCGUACUCGAUUGCUUGCAGUGUAUGCCCACCGCACAAGAAACUGUGGCUAGGUACUUGGAUAAAGCAUUGCGUGUCUUGAUGCCUUCAGCCAUUUUUGAGGAAGAUGGAGAGAUUAGCACGCAUAGUUUGAUUCACGAAGAAUCGGCUGAAAAGAUUGAUUCAUUGUCAGCCCACGAGUUCCUCCGAUGUAUGGAGAGACUGCUGGUAGGGUCUCCUACGCUGCUGGUGUACUUGAAACCAGAUCUACGCGCUGCACUGUUCAAUCUUCUCUUUGAGCUUGCUGCCAUAGAUCAGUCAGGGCGUGGUUAUAAAGGUCUCCUGGUAGCAUCCUCGGGCCCCAUCCUCUCGUCAGCUGAUCCUAAAAUAAAAGACGACCUCCUAUCUGUAAUAUUCUCGGGCUUCGAAGAGGGUGGCUUGGAGCCCGAGCGCGAUUUCUACGGUGGUGACUUCAAUCACUUCUCGACGUCUCUUUACGCACAAAUUCCGCUCAAGGCACUUUCUCGAAAUCAGCGGGAGAAGAUAUUGGAUCGAACGCAGGCUAUCCUUCUCACCGGGGAUGCGUCGAAAGAACAAGUACUGCGUCAUCUUGCCCUCAUGAUCAGACUAAUGGAGCUUCCUAAUGCUACUGCCAAAAUUUCUACGGACCCGUAUGGACUGGAAAAAAUAGCUGAGGUACUCAACACGGAGGAAUUCGAAGCUAGCCCAGAAGUUACAGAAGCCUUCCGGCUUCUUGCCCGAUUGACUUUACAUCACAUUCUUUCUGAGCCAGGUCAGAAACACAGCCAGGAAUAUCUCAAAAGACUUGAAGGAAUGCUCAGCAAUCUCUCCGUAGAGUCACACUCGUUCACACUCCAGGUAAUGCUUUUUGUGGACGGCCUCAUGUCAGUGUUGCGAGCCGGAAAGUAUACCGCUGAAACUGGCAUAUACGAUGAAGUUGCGCGCACAUGCAUUAAGUAUUGUGCCAUAAAUUUGAUUGUAUCACGAAAAUCAGGCCUGCUAGAUCUGAAGGAUCCGAAGGAUCCGAAGGAAGAGUAUUUCAUGGUCGGUAUUGAAACUGUCCUAGAUCUGCUGAGUGAGGUUCCCGUUCAUUUAGCUGAAAGAGAGGCGGAGCUUUACAAGAAAGUCAAAAACGUUGUGCGGGAAUGGCUCGCUCCGUAUAUGAGUUCGAAUCCAGUGCAUAUUCCAGCAGAUCUAGCGUCAGCUAAUUACUGGAUUUCGAUACACAAGCUAGCCGCAAGAUUACAGAUGUGCAACGGUGUCGGAGAAUUCAUUCAGCUAUCUCGGGUGGUGUUGCGUCUGGAUCUGUCCGCCCGACAAGCGCAAAGCGUGGUUGACUUGGUCAAAGAAGCCUUUUUAUCUUUCGAUACGCCGACAAUGUUGGAGCAGCUUUCACUAUUGCUCCCUCAGCAAGAGGAGAAGCCUGAUGCAGGAUGUUUACGCAUACUUGGCGUUCUUGUUCCUACUCUUGCGCCAUCUGAUGGUGCGGAGAACAAGACUCAGCUUCUGGCAAUACUGGGAAAUCUCUCGGCACGACUGACGAUGUCCGACGACCUAGCUCGCUCCAAUGCACUACUGGACUGCGUAGACACCAUCCUUCGCUCCAAGCACUUCAUGGUGUCUCAAUACGGCAUCGAGACCUUCAUCGGAGCUUUAACCGCUAUCACAUCUCCCGCAGGACCAUACCUACCCGUAUCGCAAGCUUCUGCGAUCUUCAUCCGCCUCUGCGAUUCCAUCCAGAUCAUCCUGUCACUCCACCGUUCUCGCCUCGGUGGCCGCUUCCACCUUCUCAUGCCCCUUCUUCAAGCUUUCCUCACCUGCCUCUACAUUCCUAACACUACCCGCCGCGGCACAUCUACCGCCCACCUCCCACCAUGGCUUGCUCCCUCUUUACACCCCCUAUCGCCUGCCGCGGCAGUCGCCUUCACCCGCCUCCUGACCACUACGUCUUCCCCCACCGUGUCCGCCGUCUCGGGUCUCCAGAAGGGCCGCAAGAACUACCAUGCUGAUCUUGUGGAUGCAACGAAGCAGGCGAGACAAUAUGCAGGGCAGUACAUGCCUACGCUGAUAGCCGCAUUUUGUAAGAAUAUGCUCAGCGGGAGACUGGAGCCAGAAGUGAGAGCGCGACUGAUACCCGGGCUGUGGUCCACGCUGGAUUGUACGGAUAAAGCGGCACUGAAGGCGAUGAGUGCGGCUAUGGAUGGGAGUACGAGGGCUGUGUGGAAGGGGGUGUAUGCUGAGUGGAAAAAACAGAGCAGAGAGAAAGCUGGGACCAUGGAAGCACUGGCUGCAGUCGGUGCCGCGGCGUCGAUCAUCCAACUCACAGACAUCGGCCUCAAGAUAUCAACCAAGCUCUUCACAUUCGCAGAAACGGUGCUCGACGCCGAAGAAACGGCUGGGAAGAUAAGCGCAGAUGUCUCUGUGACUUGCGGCAUCCUAUCUCAGCUCAAAGACCUCAUCGACCCAUACGGCGUCGCCCACCCUCUCUUAAGCUCUGAAGGCCUCAAACAAGUACAGCAAGCCACCGAUAUCUGCAAAACCGUAUUCCAGCAACUUCAAGAUGUCUUGGAGAAAGCGAUUAGGACCGAGUUGACUAGUACGAAGAACAAUCUUAUGGUGGUUCUUCUGAUCGCUCAGUUGGCUGCUGCAAAAGGGAGGGAGGGCGAGGUGGUGGAUGGCGGAGAUGGGAAUGCUGGUGAUGAUAGUACAACUGCGCUGUCGUCAGAUCAAAAGAAGCGAUUUCGGGCUACGGUUCUGGCCAUUCGUCGGUAUAAACACUUUUCCAAUGCCAGGGCCGAUAUUGCUACCGACAUGCGGCGCUCAAUUAAUUUGGCAUCUGCCCACAAUGAAAUCACACAAGAGGAUAACGAAAGAGAAGAUGAGGGCGAACAUGAUGAAUGGGGAAGUACUGAGCCAAUCGCCUGGGCCAAUUCUCCUGCAAGAGAUCCCGCAAGCAAACCUGUCGUAGAAAUGCUGCCAAUCAGUAAAGACACCAUCACGCAGUAUAUGGAGCAGUAUGACAACAAUCCGGGCUUGGUAAUGGAGCAGACGGAAGAUCUAAACCUUAACCAACUCCAGAUGGUGCUUGAUCACGUGCGCGAGAAAGGGCUGACAUUCAUUUGGCGCGAAAUCGAAAAGAUACUCUAUUUCGUCCAAGAUUUGCUGAAGAGGAAGACUGAGAUAGAACUGGAACCAAACAUGUCUAUCGACGCGGUGAAAGCCUUGAGUUACAAGACGAAACAGAUAAAGAUCGACGAGCAGCGUCUCGUGUAUGUGCAACUACAAGAUUGUGCCGAACAGCACUAUCAACCUUUUCCUGAGCCUUCGUGGUGGAAUGCAAAUCUUUGUGAAGCACCCAGAAACGUCCGAUACGAUCCUCAAUAUCCAAAAAGGAUCCAGGACAAAGAGGGAAUCGUCCCUGACAUGCAGCGACUGGUUUUCGCUGGCGAAGUGCUCGAGGACCGCCGAACGCUGGCUUAUUAUAACAUUGAGAAGGAGAGUACGCUUCUCUUAGUCCCCCGAGUUCUCAAUGAAGCAUUGGCGGCAGAGACACCGAGGAAUCGUGUGUCUCAAACACAGGAAGUAAUGGGGGAGAGCGGUCACCCUGGCGAUCAAGUAGAGCAGGGCGUGAGGGCUCAUUCGGAAUCCGAUUCACCGUUGAUCGAGGACGUAGAUGGGCUUGGCGAUAGCGAUGAAGGGGACAAAUCGUUAGUUGAUGAUCUCAUCGCACGCUAG